AUGCCGAUGCAGGGAGGCAAACUCCGGAGAAGCAGAAGCACACAGAUCGAUGGGCAUGUGAAAAUAACGCACAACUUCACAGAGCCGCGGAUCCUAAAGUCUGUCAUUGUGCCUGUUCACAAUAGCGAGUGCUGGUUGGAUGAAUGCUUGAAGUCAGUUUGGGAACAAGAUUUUAAAGAAACCAUGGAGCUGUCAGUUUUUAAUGAUGCCAGUAAGGAUGGUUCACCUGAAAUUAUUGAAGAGUGGAAGGUCAAGUUGGAAGAGGCUGGGGUUCCUGUCAUCAUUGGUAGCAGUGAUUCAUCUCUACCUGGAGGCGUGGGAUUUGCUAAAAAUCAAGCAGUGCUUCAGAGCUCAGGAUCCUAUCUUUGCUUUCUGGACUCAGAUGAUGUGAUGAUGCCACAGCGGGUCAGACUGCAGUACGAAGCUGCCAUUCAACACCCAAACAGUAUUAUCGGUUGCCAAGUCAGAAGAGAGCCAGUGGAAUCUACUGAACGGUAUACUCGUUGGAUCAAUAAUCUGACUGAAGAGCAGCUUCUUACACAGGUGUUUACCUCCCAUGGCCCUACUGUGAUCAUGCCAACCUGGUUCUGUUCUCGAGAGUGGUUUUUUCAUGUGGGAAAAUUUGAUGAGGGUGGAAAGGGUGUUCCAGAAGAUUUGUUGUUUUUUUAUAAACACCUCCAAAAGGGUGGUGAAGUCUUUCGAGUGAACCAUUGCCUCCUGAUGUACCGUUACCAUCCACAGGCUGCAACCCAUUCCGUUCUAGAGGAAACCAUCUGGAAUCACCGAGUCAGGUUUCUUGAAGACAGAGUCCUGAACUCCUGGACAUCAUUCACUAUUUGGAAUGCUGGCAAGCAGGGCAAGAAGCUCUACAGAAGCUUGGCACCAGCUAAUCAGAAAAAGGUUGCUGCAUUUUGUGAUGUUGAUGAAAAGAAAAUACUGAAGGGAUUCUACACUUAUGAAGAAUCUGAGGAGAGACCAAAGCCAAAGAUUCCUAUAUGUCACUUCAGAGAUGCAACUCCACCAUUCAUUAUCUGCAUGAAGCUGGAUUUGACAGGUGGAGCAUUUGAAAGAAACCUGAACACACUGAACUUGAAGGAAGGGAUGGAUUACUAUCACUUCAACUGAAACCCAAAGCAAUGCAACGAACUUGAGCUGUGGUACCCUCUGUGUGUCUCUGUGUAGGAAGACCAAAGAGUUCAGAGGUUCUCAAUUCUUUAGCAAUUUGUGCUCUGUUAACAUUGCUCUUUGUGCUGAGCAAGCCCUUGGUAAGGGAGGCUCCAGUUACUCCACUGCUAAUGCCAUUUGCUCAUUACACUGUCACACAUCUCUCAUUUACCAAAAUCACUUUGAUUGUUAAAUUGUAUCUGGAAUUUAACCAUGAAAUACUGUCUGUAGGGUGACAAGAAGCCUGUUAGCACAGGGAAGCCUGGAACCAAUGGAAGUGUAAAGAGGCUCCUGCCAGCCUUCCCCCUCCUGCCCUCUGAGGGGAAGCUCUGUGCAGGGCACACAGUGCUGGCCUCAGUUGUGUCUGUGACAGCAUCUGGCAGCCACAUGAUCAGAUGUGCAGAUGCUCACAACAGCCCCUGGAGCUCCUCAGGGAUUUUUGGAAAAGCUGGCUGUCACUGGUGUUGCAGCAGGGACCUACAGCUGUAGCUCUGCAAACCCAAGAUCUUUCAAGAAUGAACUAGAACAGUCUGUGUUAGUGCCAGAGUCAGAACACGGGGCUGUGGGCUCAGUACUGCUGCAGCAAUGCCUGUGCUGAUCAAUACCUACCAAUGGUAGAUACACCUACCUACACCUACCUGCCUACCAGUCUUUGUUCAGUGGGGGCCAGUGACAGGACAAGUUGUAGGGAGUUGUAGUGAUGUGGCAGUUGACCUCUCCAGUC